ACACACACACACUCACACACACACACACAAACAAAACAGCAACAUAGCGAGAGGAAAGGGACGCAGACAGACACACAGUAUCCGAGCUUCAGCUGCGCUCCACGGUGUAUUGUCAUACAUUGAUUAUGAAUAAAUCGGAAGGAUCGGACUGAAUCUGUCGCUCGGGUUUGUCAAGGGUCAAAACGAAACCUUUUUUGUUUCGUGGCGCACGGAUUUAUCGCCCCAUUUAUCAGCCGGAUACAUUUCAAGUGAUCAUUACGGGAGAUAUUUGAGCGAUUAUUGUUUAGCUUGUGUUUGAAGAGAGAGAGAGGCCGUUAAAGAUGGGCUGUUUGGGCAACAGCAAGACAGAAGACCAGCGCAUCGACGAGAAGGCGCAGCGAGAGGCGAAUAAAAAGAUCGAGAAACAGUUACAGAAAGAAAGACAGGCGUAUAAAGCCACACAUCGUCUGCUCUUAUUAGGCGCUGGAGAAUCCGGAAAGAGCACUAUAGUCAAACAGAUGCGAAUCCUGCACGUCAACGGCUUUAACGCAGAAGAAAAGAAGCAGAAAAUCUUGGAUAUCCGAAAAAAUGUGAAGGAUGCCAUUGUGACGAUAAUAUCUGCUAUGAGCACUUUAACACCACCUGUGUCACUUGCCAACCCAGAUAACCUGCCCAGAGCAGAGUACAUCAAGAGUAUAGCUCCACUCUCAGACUUUGACUAUACAGAGGAGUUUUUUGAGCAUUCAAAGCAUCUGUGGAAUGAUGAGGGGGUGAAGGCGUGUUUCGAGCGCUCAAACGAGUAUCAGCUCAUCGACUGCGCACAAUAUUUCCUGGACAGAAUCGAGUCUGUAGGACAUAGUGACUACACACCAACAGACCAGGAUUUGCUGAGGUGUCGUGUUUUGACUUCAGGGAUUUUUGAAACUCGAUUUCAAGUAGACAAAGUCAACUUUCAUAUGUUUGAUGUAGGUGGUCAGAGAGAUGAGAGGAGGAAAUGGAUUCAGUGCUUUAAUGAUGUGACGGCCAUCAUCUUCGUGGCAGCCAGUAGCAGUUAUAACAUGGUCAUCAGAGAAGACAACAGCACUAACCGCCUGCGCGAGUCUCUCGACCUUUUCCGCAGCAUCUGGACGAACAGGUUUUUAAGGACCAUCUCAGUCAUUCUGUUCCUCAACAAACAGGACAUGCUAGCUGAGAAGAUCCUGGCAGGAAAAUCCAAACUAGAAGAUUAUUUCCCAGAGUAUGCUCGCUAUACACUGCCUCCUGAAGCAACCCCUGACCCAGGAGAAGAUGCCAAAGUGUCCAGAGCUAAAUUUUUCAUCCGAGAUGAAUUCUUGAAAAUCAGCACGGCGAGCGGAACAGACAAACACUACUGCUAUCCUCACUUCACCUGCGCAGUGGACACAGAAAACAUCCGCCGUGUGUUCAAUGACUGUCGUGACAUUAUUCAGAGAAUGCACCUGCGCCAGUAUGAACUCUUGUGAUUGUUUGCCCGAAUUGCUCGCAAUCAACACUUCCCAGUCCCAGUCAAAUGGACUCUUUGAGAACUACUGAUGAGUGACACUGCUGUCAUGUUCCUCCUUUUCUGCUUCUCACUUGUUUGCUAUUUUUAUUUAUAGUCAUAUAUAUAUAUAUAUAUAUAUAUAAUGUACAGGGCUGUGAAAAAGUAUAUGUCCCAUACUGAUUUCUUCUGUUAUUGUGUAGAUUUCAUAAAAAAAAAUGUUUUUUAUAAAAAUUCUAACAAAAUCUAACAUAAAACAAAGGCAAUCUGAUUAAACACAAAAUACAGUUUUAAAAAGAUUAUGUUAUUUAUUGAAGCAAAAACGUUAUAUUAUACUAACUAGGCCUGUAUGAAAAGUAUUUGCCCCUUAGUUAUUAAAUCCCCAAAUCUAUGAAACUGCAUUCCAAAUGGAGUUCAGCUGUACUAGACACACCCAGGCCUGAUUACUGCCAGUCCUGUUCAUUCAAAUCAACACCUAAAUAGAACUUUUUCAGCAGCAUGAAGUUGGCUGAACGGUCUCACCCAGUAACACACCGUGCCAAGUUUGAAAGAAAUUCCACAAAUUAUGAGAAAAAAGGUGAUUGAAAUACAUCAGUCAGGGAAGGGAUACAAAGCUAUUUCAAAGGCUCUGGGACCCCAAAGAAGCCCAGUGAGAGCCAUUAUCUACAAAUGGAGCAAACUUGGCACAGUAGUCAACCGUCCCAGAAGUGGCCAGCCUUCCAAUUUCCUCCAAGAACAGCGACGACUCAUCCAGGAAGUCACAAAAGAGCAAAAGACAACAUCCAAGGAUCUGCAGGCCUCUCUCGCAUCAAUAAAGGUCACUGUUCAGGACUCCACUAUCAGAAAGACACUGGCCAAAAAUGGCAUCCAUGGAAGUGUGGCGAGGCGAAAACCACUAACCCAGAAGAACAUUAUAGCUCAUCUGAAUUCUCCAAAACACACCUUGAUGAUCCUCAAACCUGUUGGGAGAAUGUUCUGUGGACUGAUGAGUCGAAAGUGGAACUAUUUGGAAGACAAGUGUCCCGUUACAUCUGGCAUAGAUCAAACACAGAAUUCCACAAAACGAACGUCAUACCUACUGUCAAGCGUGGAGGUGGUAAUGUGAUGAUGUGGGGCUGCUUUGCUGCUUCAGGGCCAAGGCGACUUGCAAUAAUUGAGGGAAACAUAAAUUCUGAGCUUUACUAGAAUAUCCUAAAGGAGGAUGUAUGCUCAAGCACAACUGGAUUAUGCAGCAAGAUAAUGAUCCAAAGCAUAGGAGUAAGACCACCUUUGAAUGGCUCAAAAGAAGCUAAAUUUAAGUUUUGGAAUGGCCUAGUCAAAGUCCUGACUUGAACCCAAUUGAGAUGCUGUGGCAGAACCUUAAAUGGUCAGUUAAUGCUCGAAAACCCUCCAGUGUAGAUGGACUAAAGCACAACUGGCCAAACAAAGAAGAGUGGGCCAAAAUUCCACCACAGCGUUGAGAAAGACUGAUCUCCAGUUAUUGGAAGCGUCUGGUUUCAGUUGUUGGCGUGGUACAUCGAGCUAUUAAGUUUAUGGGGGCAGUAAGUUUUUCACAUGAGUGAUGUAGGUGUUAGCUUUUUUGCUUCAAUAAUAAAAUAAUAAUAAAACAUUUGAAAACUGUAUAUUGUGUUUACUCAGGUUGUCGUUGUUUGUUAUAUCUCGUUUGAAGAGCUACAACAAUUUAGUUCAAUAGAAGUAAUCAGAAAGGGGGAAAAUACUUAUUCACAGCACUAUAUAUAUAUAUAUAUAUAUAUAUAUAUAUAUAUAUAUCUGAAGUGAGAGUGGGUUUCAUGAUACGCUCGUGUGUGCGUGUGUGUGUGUGUGUGUGUGUGUGUGUGUGUUGUGUUGUGUUUGCAUGAGAUGAACUUUGAAUCACUCCAAGGUCAUUUCUCUUUAUAUUUUAAUGUUUUCAGCAUCGGCUGGCAUUAGUCGAGGUUAGACUAUCUGUGGUAACCUGUGACUUGUGUCAGGAUGGUCUGACCUUUUCCCUACAACUAAUGAAGGGUUAUUUGGGAGUUCUUGACCUUGGGAUGAAGGAGUACAAUGAAGGGUUAAAAAGAAGCACUUUGCCUCUGUUUCAUAAUGAAGGCCAGGAGGCAAAAUUCACAAUGUAGCACCUGUAUAUUUAUUACUUGCCACUUUUUUGUUGUUGUCUUUUUAAUUGCCUUUUUUUGCUUGUUUUGUUUUUUGUUUUGUUUUUCUUCUGCAAAGUGUGCAGAAAGGACUUCAGGGCUAGAUUAGAGUUUGUAACCAACUACAGAGCACAGGGCGAAGUGUAGGGGAAGCUUAUGGGAUUUGUUGUACUCUGCACUACCAACAGGCCAACCGAUGCGUCCUUUAGCACAGACUUCUGGGGUGGUAGUUAUAAAUAUAGAUAUAAAUAAAACAAAACAAAUCAAACAAAAAAAUAUAUAUAUUUUUAGGGGUUUUGUUGAAGAUUAUGCAAGGUCCUUGAUCUUGUACAGGACUGCGAAAUUUUAUUUUGUUCAACUUCAACAAGAAAGACAAAACUUUGACUUGUAGAAGCUCUUUGUGCCUUUGAUUACAGCUGUACCUGAAAACGGGGAAAAUGUGUGCGUGUGAUUGGCCAGCGCUGUACAGCUUGAUGUCAAAUCGUACAUGAGGCGCGGCAUGCUGGCGAGAAAUUUCUCUUUAGACUUGAGUUUUUUUCCUGCUUUAUAAAGCUACUAAAAUAUAUAUAUAUAUAUAUAUAAGUCUUUUACUAUAAAAUGAAGAAAUAUUUGGCAAAAAAUCUUGUAUACAAUAUGCAAAAUUAACCACUUUUGUUCAGAAACUGCAAAUACAGUACAGUACAUCUUUAAUUUCUUUCUUGUUGUUGGCAGACAGCUUUAAAAAUGUUGGAAAGGUUUUCAAAUGUCCAAAACCCACUGUUGUUUCGGGUUGGAUGCAUUUUUAAAUGUGGUAUAUAUGCAGACUGUACACAGGGCUGUGUCAUAAAAGCGUGUAGAUAUGUGUGACCACAUUCGUGUGCAUACACGUUUACCACACGUCGUACAUCUGCAUUUUUUAUACAUGUACAUAAACAUUUAUAAAAAGAUGGAAAAUAUAUUCUAUUAAUAUAUAUGUACAAUUAUUCAUAAUAAUAUGUGUGCCUAUAUGUAUACAUAUUUUUAGAUGUUUAGCGAGGUUGUAUGCAUUGCAAAUGCAUACUUUAGAAGGAAUGAGGAAGCAAGACUAGUGAUUCCUUACUGGCCAUCCUAAGAGCGUGCUAACUCCCAGGCAUUGUGAAUGUGAGCACUGAUAGUCUACACUCUCAGCUGUAGUGUCUCCAUACUGUCUCUUUCACUCACCUUUGAGGCUGUUACCAGUUGUUAAAGGACGAUUACAGAUUAUUUCAUUUUAUUUAAAAAAAAAAAAAUUUGAAAGUUUACCCAGCUCUUUUGUUAAUAAAACAUUCAUAGUGAUCACUGUGAAGUGUUUUGGUUAAAAAAAAUCCAUCAUAAAAGCACUAUAUUCCACACCUGUCACUUCUGGGAAAUUAUCAAAACGAUUAAGUUUUAACCACACUUAAUUAAAUGUAAUAAAUUAUUUGGGGUUUAGAGCAUGCAGACAAAAUGAUUUGAUAAAGUUGUAUGUUUGCUAGCGUUCAGGAGCUGAUGCCUUAUGUCUGGGAGUGAAAGAGUGUCACACAGUUCUGGAAGUAAUAGUAGCCAAUUAUUUUUAUGACAGACAUUGUGUCCAGCAUUUCAGAAUAACCAGAGCCACAUUUAAGAUACUAUUGCCAAUAUUCUCCUUAAGUGAAUUAUGUACACUUGGAUUGAAAUUGAUUUUUUUUUUAUUCUAUAUUCCUUAUAUAUACUACAUUCUAUAGGAAUAUAUUUAGUAAAUGUGUUUCCAUCAUAAUUUAUGUGCAUGUCUUGUAGAAUAAAAAUUGUAUCCAUCUUAAGCAAGCGUACAAGUUUUAUUUUUUUAUGCAUUUUUUGGAGAUAUUAUUCGCAUCUUGGUGUUUCCAUCCAGCAUUUUUCAUGCGAUACAGCAGACACGAGACUCAGAGGCAGAGAAAGAUUUCCAUUGAAUAACAACUUAAAUAUCUGUCCUUUCCUCACUCAAAACUAUUGUAUACACUGGAAUAUAGUGCACAAGUCAUAAGACUUUUAUGCUUUUAUGAUACUCAGUGAUGGGGCAUUUUAUACUUUCUGGAGCUUGACAGAUAUUUCACUAUGAGCUGUUGUUUUAUGAAAAGAGCUGUGUGAAGAUGCUUUAAAAUGUUAUUUUGUGACUGACUGGUUUAUGCAACUUGAUUACACACUUAAAUCCAUGGACAGAGGUCAUACAAGGUUCCCACACCUUUUGACCAUUGAAUUUCCAUGACUUUUCCUGUCUCUUUUAAUUAAUGGAUAAAUUCAUAACUAAAAAUUAUUUUAUAGAGCUGGCAUUCAAAAACAGCAGCAGA